CGAUUCGCUCGUGCCGACCCUCUUUCACAAAAUUUGAUAAAUGCGAUCGUGUUCCUUUAUCGCAAUUGGCAACUGCGCUGGUGCCGACGCCGCCUCCUCUUCCUUGCAGCCGCUUCGUCGAUCUCCUUCUCCCCUCGGCCAUCAACCCCUCCAUCUAUUCGAGUUCGGUCCUUCUCCUCCCUUGCCCUUCCGAUUUCUUUUGCCGUCUUCCUCGGCCGCUUCGAAGCCCUAAAAGUUGAAAAGAAAGUUCGCUUGCAGCCGACCUAGGUUUUUUUUUUUCGGGGGUGAUUGCUGUUUGGUUUGCACCGGAUUGAAUGGAGGUUUGGGGUCAUCUUGAUGUUGUGAUGUUAUUGCGGUUUCAUGAUCCAUAGUUGAGGGGGACGCCUCUGCUCGGAAAGCAGACCAGUGCGGGGACCGUCACAGCGCAGACCGUGUUCGCAAACUAGGGGCUUCGAUCGGCCAAGGGCAGGCUAGCUUUUGUUGACGAUAGGAAGGGCCAGGAGUCAGGAUCAAUAGAACGCGGUGGCGGCGGGACAGGUAGAUAAUAGAGGGGAAAAUCGCACAAAGUAAGCAGAGAAAGUAGGAGGGAAGGGUGAGAUGGCUGAUGAUAGUGGUGGGUUGAGCGCCAACAAAGCUGCAGGACAGGAAGAGGAGGGGAAUACUAUUCCAUUCCCUGAAAAGGUUCAGGUUGGGGGAUCUCCUUUGUAUAAGGUUGAAAGGAAAUUGGGUAAGGGUGGAUUUGGUCAGGUUUUUGUUGGUCGACGAGUCUCAGGUGGCAUUGAAGGGAGAGCAGGUCCUGGUGCAUUGGAGGUUGCCCUUAAAUUUGAGCAUAGGAACAGCAAAGGUUGUAGCUACGGUCCUCCUCAUGAAUGGCAAGUUUACAGUGCUCUUGGUGGUUGUUAUGGAGUUCCUAAGGUACAUUAUAAAGGUCGUCAAGGUGAUUACUAUGUGAUGGUAAUGGACAUGCUAGGUCCCAGCUUGUGGGAUGCUUGGAAUUCUUCUGGUCAAACAAUGACGUCAGAAAUGGUUGCUUGUAUUGCUGUUGAAUCCAUAUCAAUCCUUGAGAAGAUGCAUGCAAAAGGAUAUGUACAUGGAGAUGUUAAACCUGAAAAUUUUCUGCUUGGCCAGCCAUCUUCCUCUCAAGAAAAGAAGUUAUUUCUUGUCGAUCUUGGAUUAGCCACAAAAUGGAAAGAUGCAAGCAAUAUUGAUCAUGUUGAAUAUGAUCAGCGUCCAGAUGUGUUCAGGGGAACUGUUAGAUAUGCUAGUGUCCAUGCACAUCUUGGAAGAACCGCAAGCAGGAGGGAUGAUCUUGAGUCUCUUGCAUAUACACUAAUUUUCCUUCAUCGUGGUAGAUUGCCAUGGCAAGGAUAUCAGGGUGAUAAUAAGUCAUUUUUAGUUUGCAAGAAAAAGAUGUCAACACCACCUGAUGUGCUAUGUGGCUUUUGCCCUCCACCAUUUAAGCAAUUUUUGGAGAUUGUAGUUAAUAUGAAAUUUGAUGAAGAACCGAACUAUUCUAAACUUAUCUCUCUGUUUGAUGGUUUGAUUGGGCCACCACAAUUCAGACCGAUCAACACUGAUGGGGCUACGAAGGUUGGUCAAAAACGUGGCAGAUUAACUAUUGAGGAAGAAGAAAGCCAACAAAGGAAGAAGAUUCGUUUAGGUGUACCUGCUACCCAGUGGAUUUCUGUAUAUAAUUCCAGGCAACCAAUGAAGCAAAGGUACCACUAUAAUGUAGCUGAUGCUCGCUUGGCACAACAUAUAGACAGAGGAAAUGAGGAUGGUCUACUUAUUAGUUCUGUUGCAUCAUGCUCCAAUUUGUGGGCCCUUAUUAUGGAUGCGGGAACUGGAUUCACAUCUCAAGUCUAUGAGUUGUCACCAUUCUUCCUUCAUAAGGAAUGGAUCAUGGACCAAUGGGAGAGAAACUACUACAUUACCUCGCUUGCUGGAGCUACCAAUGGGAGUUCACUUGUGGUGAUGUCAAAGGGUACCCAAUACACGCAGCAAUCUUACAAAGUAAGUGAAUCCUUCCCGUACAAAUGGAUAAGCAAGAAGUGGAAAGAAGGAUUUCAUGUCACAUCAAUGGCAACAGCUGGAUCUCGUUGGGGUAUUGUCAUGUCACGCAAUGCUGGUUUUAGCGAUCAGGUUGUUGAAUUGGACUUUUUGUAUCCAAGUGAGGGUAUUCACAGACGUUGGGACAACGGGUAUCGCAUUACUUCAAUGGCCGCCACUUGGGACCAGUCUGCUCUUAUGCUUAGUGUUCCUAGGCGAAAGCCUGUUGAUGAAACUCAAGAGACCCUUCGAACAUCUGCAUUUCCAAGCGCCCAUGUUAAGGAUAAAUGGGCUAAGAAUUUAUACCUUGCCUCAAUUUGCUAUGGGCGCACCGUGUCGUGAUGUGGAUUAACCAAAGUCCUAACUGUUUGUUUGACAUCGAUGUUCGGUAGGCUAUUUUGAUGUAGUGUAGUUCAUCAAUGUUUGAAUCAUAGUUAGUCUUGUAUUUAUUCGCAUCUGUUUGUGAAUCUGUAUGAAUAUAUCCCUAUCCACUCAAAGCACACUGGUUGCGGCAUCACCUACAAAGAUAAAUACACCAAGCACUUUGGGUGACAUGGAUUCAACGAAUUGUUUACACUUUUGAAUCAAUCAAUGUUAUACUUUAGUUUUAUUAGUAAAACUUGAUAUGAAUUAA